GAUCGUGAGUGAAGCAAAUCUCGAGACGUGGUGACGGCAGUUUUCACCCCGAAACCCGAAGAUAAUACAUAUUCUCAUUAAUGACAUUAGCUAAUACUAACGGAAUAAAUCGGACCUGAAGGAUAAAACGGGGAGCCAGAUGAAACGGGACAAUAAACAAGAGAGAAACAGAAGGAGCUAGCUAGCAACCGUAUCUGUCGUCCCGCCGACUGAGCUUGCUAGCUAAGAAGACUCGUGGUUUUAUAUUGUGAUUAAUGACUGGGGAUCACGACUUAAAAUUGUGCAAAAGAAGCAUCUUCAUUUUCCCAUCCAGUUGCUUGUUGGGUACAAUUUAUUCCAUCAGCUAGCUUUGUGGUAGCUUGCUAGGUAUCAAGCUCGUUUCUCCAGCAGAGAUACAGGUAGCUAGCUUACUUGUGUCUUUAGCUAGCUAACUGUUAGUACUAGCUAGCAAAGGACUCUGUGGCUCCGUGGUUUGACUCAAUCGACAGGUUAGCUAGCUGUAUAGCUAGCUGUCUUAACUAAAAAUUCGGCCAUGUUGAAGCAGCAACAGUCCGGCUCCAGCGGACGGAAAACCUCUAACGGGACUUCAGGUCCAUCCAGUAUGUCUUCCACGGUUUCUGGAAAUAAUAUGAGCAGCAGAGCAACAACGGGAAGGAGCCGAAAUUCUGUGAAGGCUCCUCCACAGUCCUCGCCAGUGUUUGAAGGAGUGUACAACAAUGCCAGAAUGCUGCACUUUCUUACAGCUGUAGUGGGCUCCACCUGUGACAUCAGGGUCAAGAAUGGAAAUGUGUAUGAGGGCAUCUUCAAGACCCUCAGCUCACGGUGUGAACUGGCAGUGGAUGCGGUGCACCGGCGCUGCGAGGAGGGGGGUAACUCCUCAGCACCUCCCAGGAGAGAGGAGAUCACAGACACCAUGAUCUUCAGCCCCUCUGACCUGGUCACCAUGACGUGCAGAGACGUGGACCUCAACUACGCCACCAGAGACAGUUUCACAGACACGGCGAUCAGCUCUUCUCGGGUAAAUGGGGAACACAAGGAAAAGGUGCUGCAGAGGUGGGAGGGAGGAGACAGCAACGGUGAAAGCUAUGACCUGGAGACAGACACUUCCAAUGGUUGGGAUGCCAACGAAAUGUUCAGGUUCAACGAGGAAAACUAUGGCAUCAAGUCAACAUAUGACUCCAGCCUUUCCAUGUACACGGUGCCUCUGGAGAGGGGAAGCUCGGAGUGCUUCCGGCAGCGGGAGGCACGGGCGGCCCGCCUGGCCAGCGAGAUCGAGUCCAGCCCGCAGUACAGGCACCGCGUGUCCCUGGAGAACGAGGACGGGAAGACGGAGGAGGAGAAGUUCAGCGCCGUGGUGCGGGACAGAGACGGGGGCGAGAGAGAGAGGGGCCGGGAGAGCCCCCGGGAGAGGGAGCGCGAGAGGGGCCGGGACAGCCCCAGCUUUGCCAGCGGCGGGAGCAGGGAGGGAAAAUACAUACCUUUACCUCAGCGAGCCAGAGAGAUGGGGGUGUCAGGAGGCAGCAUGAGAGGAGACCGAGAGAGGGGGGAAAGAGGAGAAAGAGGCAGUGGAGGAGGUAGUACAGCCUCUCUUCCGAACCGAAUGGGGGGUUACCACUCAAGCAGACCGGGCCCUCCAAACUCCUCGCCAAGACCCCCUCUUCCCACGUCCAGCAGCCAGUCAACCCCUUCAUCGGAAAGAAACAGUCCUCUCUCCAACAGGGGAGGGUAUUCUCCUCACCACCCACAGAACAGUCCCAGUCCAGCAAGUGCAUAUACUCCCUCCUCCUCUCUUGCCAACAGCAGCGGGGGGAACUUUGCUGGAAGCACGUCUCGCCCCGCUGAACCUUCCACAGCUGCUCCUGCGCCGCCGGCGUCCUCCCCGACCAGCCCCCCCACCCACAGCCACCCUAUUCCUCACUCCCUCUCACAUCCACACUCGCUCUCUGACACCGCAAGGCCUGUCAAUGGAGUGACGUCCAGAACCUCCCCUAAAUCACAGAGGCCUGUACAGACCAACAGAAACCUGCGCACCCCCAACUCUCACACCACUCCUGCAGUCUCCCGUUCCCCAAAAUCAGGGGUAACAUCCCAGGACCCACCUCUUGCUGCUGCUCCAUACUUGGAUACCACACCUGUGACCAUGGCAACUCAGAAAACACCUGGCCCCGCCCCCCUCUUCCCUGUAGAUGUGAAUGAAAUACUCAGUUCGGCUGCAAAGGAGAGGUCAGCGGAGAGUCCGGUCAGUCCGCAGGAUAGCAAGAACAUCAAAGCGCCAUCAGUUCAGCAACGGUCACAAAUUGAAGAGCUUCGGAAGUUUGGUAAAGAAUUCAGGCUUCAGCCCAGCGGAGGUGGCUCCAGCAGCGCCAGCACAGUUUUGACAGCGCCUGCUGAACCUCCUCAGACGGGUCCCGCGCAAGCCCCUCCAGCAGAACCCAGCACAGCCACUGAGCCCAAACAGAGCCCGGUGCAGAAUCCCUCCCAACCCCCGCCCUCGCCCUCUGAGGAGCAGGGCAGGGAAAAGGAGGCCGAGGGGGCCGUCAGCGGGACUGCAGCGUCUGCUGUCCAGGCAGCGGUUUCAGACAGGCAGUCUCCUGGGACGCCUCAGCCUGCCAGGACCCCGGGCAGCGAAGAUCUCAGAGUAGAAGCUCCAGACAGAGUGGAGGGUGUAACUGAUCAAGUGAAGAAGUCCACUCUGAACCCCAACGCCAAAGAGUUCAACCCCAAUAAGCCGCCUCUGACUCUGUCCAAGCCCACCUCAGCCCCUACGCCGCCACGGCCGACCCCUCCCAGCCCCUCUGUGGUGCUGCAGCCUCCACCAGGACAGGGGCCCAUCUACAACCCCCCCUACCUCUCCUACGUCUCACAGAUACACUCUGUACAGGCCCCUCAGAUGUACCAGUAUACCAUGUCUACAGUGAGCCAGGGAAAAUACCCCAGAGCAAAGGGUUCGGUGGUGGCCCCUCGAUCGGACCACAGCUCCUCUGCUCCCCCCAUGAUCCAGGCGGCUGCGUCGGCGGCGGGCCCUCCCCUGGUGGCCUCCCCCUACCCCCAGUCCUACCUGCAGUACAGCCCCCAGCAGUACAGCCAGCAGGUCAUACAGGCCAUGACGCACUACCCUGGACAGCCCAUGUACUCGAUGCUGCAGGGCGGGGCCCGGAUGUUGGGGUCUGGAGGAGGACACCCCCAGCCACUGGGCCCUCCUGGUGGCCCUCAGUUCCCCGGGCAGGGAGAGGGCCCUCCAGGCCCACAGCAGGGACUUUACGCUGCACAGUCCUUCUCCCACCACUCGGGCUCCAUGCACCCACCCCAGCCUUCCAGCACACCGACGGGAAAUCAGCCGCCCCCUCAGCACGCAGCCCCCAGCCCCAGCCAGUCUGCCCAGUCUGGCCCUCAGCCGCAGUCUCUCUACCACUCUGGGCCCCUCUCUGCACCCACCCCACCUAACAUGCCCCCCGGACACACCUCUCCCCAGGGCUCUUACCCCCUGCAAGGGUACAGUCUUCACGGGCACCAGCCCAUUCCUCACACCUACACCUCUCUGGGGCAGCUGGCGCAGGCUCAUGUGCCGGGGGCUCUGUCCGGCCCGCACCACUCGGGUACCCAUGGGCACCCCCAGGUGAUGCUGCUGCACGCGCCCCCUCCACAGCAGGGACCAGGCUCCGGUCCUCAGCACCCUCAGCACGGUCCUCCCCCCCAGCAGGGCGCCCACCAACAUUACGCCUAUAUCGGACACCCACAGGCAAUGCCAGUGCAGGCUCAUCCCCCCCAGCAGCUCCCCUUCCAUCCUCAAGGGAACUAAGCGCCCAGGAAGGAACACAGACGUGGGUGGAAGUCUACACUGCCCUCUCCUCCCGUUCAGUCAAACUUGGGAAUUGUUUGCAUCUUUCCAGUGUCAGAGGAUGAAACUCGCUGUCUAAAGCCAGCACAGCCGUGUGCUGGAGUGUCGGUUCGGCCUCUCCUCACCCUUCCAACGUGGAACCUUUUUUUUUCCACGAAAACCCUAUUUUUAGCCGAAGAAAAGGGUAAUGGGGGUUGGAACGCGCUCAUCCAUUUAUACAAGAGCUUUUUAGAGACUUGAGAAUGACUGAACCUUCGUUUCUUUUUAACUGUCCAGAGGGAGAACUGGCAAAUGGCAAAUAAACACAUACCCUCACCAAGAGAACUUGGAUACUGAGAGACAGUUUCUUACAGAGACGACAAGUGCCCAACAGAAAGAAAGAGGAAGAGGACAGGGAGGAAUUUUUAACCGAAGAAAAAUGUGCUCUCCCGUUUUUUACUCUUCCCCUUUUCCACUUCCUCUCUCGUGUUGUAGGUGAAUAAAGAAAAAAGUGAAAACGCAAAUAAAAAAUGAAUAAAAUAAAAAAA